AGACGGAAGAAGAAGAAAAAAAAGUAAAUAAACAUGGCGGACGGUGGACCGAACGAGGGCAGUGACGUUGCUGCUUUAACUCAUAUUUUAAACAAUGAAGGACUAAAAGAAUCACAUAAAACGACUGAAAAUGAAAGCCCCGAGAGUUCUGCGCCACAGGACCUGAAAAGCGUGCUGGUUACCAGCGUUUUGAACCUCGAGGAGCUCGACGUGGACCUGUACAGAGGGACUCAUCACUGGGUGCCUCGCAGUCAGCGCUUGUUCGGAGGUCAAAUCGUGGGCCAGGCUCUCGUGGCUGCGGCGAAGUCUGUCAGCGACCACCACUAUGCACACUCCCUGCACUGCUACUUUGUCCGAGCAGGAGAUCCAAAGGUCCCGGUGCUGUACCAGGUGGACCGCACCAGGGACGGCCGCAGCUUCUGCGUGCGCUCUGUGAAGGCUGUGCAGCACGGGAAGCCCAUCCUGAUCUGCCAGGCGUCCUUCCAGAUGCUGCAGCCGAGCCCACUGCAGCACCAGUCCACCAUGCCGCAGGUCCCCCCGCCUGAAGACCUGCUCACGGUGGAGGAGAUCGCUCACCUUUACCUCAGUAAACCUAACCUGGCAGAGAAAGCCAGAGCCAACUUGAGCAAACUGCUGGCUCAAGAGGUCCCAAUCGAUUUGAAGCCCAUCAAGCUGCCUCAGUUUCCCACGCUGCUUCCUUCAGAGCCAAAGCUGCUGUUCUGGGUGCGAGCGCGGGGGCACAUCGGUGAGGGAAACAUGAAGCUGCACAGCUGCGUCGCUGCGUACGUGUCCGACUACGCCUUCCUGAGCACGACGCUGCUGCCUCAUCCCACAUACCGGGCCCGCUUCAUGGCCUCCCUGGACCACACCAUGUGGUUCCACAACACCUUCCGCAGCGACGAGUGGAUGCUGUACGAGUGCGAGAGCCCCUGGGCAGGGGGCAGCAGAGGACUGGUGCACGGCCGCCUGUGGAGACGGGAUGGGGUGCUGGCCGUGUCAGUUUCCCAGGAGGGGGUCCUGAGGAUGAAUCCAGUCACACUGCCCAGCAAGCUAUAGGCUGAUUCCCACAGUCUGAUAUAUUUAUGAUCUGAUUCCGACUCGAGAAUGUGAAGCAAUGCUUCAAAGUUUUAUGUUUUUAUUAAUGGAAGAAUAAUUUUAUUAUCAGCGUUUCAAGAUGAGAAGAUAUGCAGUGAAUGUUGAGAAAUACUUUCAGGGUUUCCACUCGUUGAAAGGGCUUUCUAAUUUGAGUAAUUCCUCAUACUUACUCAUAAAGACGUGCACUGUUGUGGAAGCUGUCAGAGGAAUACUCAUACAAUAAUACAAAUAGAUGAGACUGGCAUUCUGAGAACUCAUGAAAUUACAUUUGUCUGUGUAAAACUGGAUGAAACACUGGAAAUCUCACAUUAAACAUGUAGAAAACGGACUGACAUAAAGCAUUUCAAUAGUCAGGCAAAACACUUUCUGGACCACAAUUCCCUUCACAUUCUGUCCUUUUCACUCAGACCGCCAUAUUUAAGUGACUUUGCAGAGGUUUUGGCCAAUAAAUACAAAUACACUUUACAUUCAUUGUCUGUUCUGCAAGAAAAAUGUCCUAAAGGAUCAUUCACAGCACAUUUUAAACACUUCACAAACAUCAGAUGAAGGAAAAAACCUGAGUGCCAUUUUCUACUCUGAGGUUUGUUUUAUUCCACAUGUAGAGCAUGUGGUGAAAACUGGUUUGGAUCAUCUGAAUUUACCCAGAGUCCGUCCAUUUGUCCACCAGCACAGAGAUGAUGGCACACACACUGGUCUCAAGUAGGAUUGACGACUGUAAAGUGCUGCUUUCUGGUCUUCCUGAAGUAACCACCUCUCACCUUCAGCUUCUCCAGAACUCAGCUGCUCGUGUGUUAACAGGGACCAGAACGCAGGAGCACCCUCAAGAGUUUUUUAUUUGAAGUGGUUUAUUUUGAUUUUUUUUUGUGUGAAUAUGAACAUUUGUUGUCUGGUCAAUAAAUACAUCAAAAAAACUUUUUUUGUUUUUACUAAAAAAAAAGUGACCUGAAUCAGCCAAUAGAGCAUUAACCUUUGAACUUACCACUUCCUGCUAAUGAGGGAGCUUUGUUUCUGGUGAGAAUAACUUACAGCAAUAAAACAUGAAGUGCUU